AUGUUGUUUUGUGAGGGUGGCUUCCGUUCAGCGUUGUUUAUUGCUAAAACGCCAUCGUUUCCCCUCGAUCUUAUCUUCUACCUCUGUCCUCACCUCAGCGUCGUCUACUCUCUGCCAGUGCAAAAAUUGACAGCAAUCGGCUCUUCGAAUGAAAGCCGGUUAGAGGCGGCGGCGAAGCAGGCAGCGCGUGAACUGAAUUUCAGGCUGGUGGCCAAUUUGUGGUGGCAAAAAGCACCCACCGUGUCAACGUCACUUGUUUUCACUCGGUUGCCGCAGCCGAUGCAUUAUGGUACACUAGGCGACUCCUCAACAUCAAACGAGGCAAUGAGGUCGUGGAUUUCCGGCCGUCAGGGCAUGUUGACUUCCUGUCAAGGACCAGACUUUGCCCUGACCUCCCUCCGGCCAUGUCCAUUACAGCAGAUAGCUUUCUUCACAUACGAUGCUGAAACGUCGUUCCUGAACGGCUUGGAUGAAUCGCAGCGGCUGCUUGACAGUUGUCGAUUCGUGUCAACCGUCGUCGUUUAUCACCCCCUACCGACGUACCGACUGCUCUCAACCUUGCCGGCGUCGUGUAAACACGGCGCCGACUUCUUCAGGGCCGUCGUCGAUGCCUUAUCGUCGCCUCAGUCCCUCCUCGUCAGGCAACAAGAUGUGUCGGUGCUGAGCAGAGGUGAGGUCAGCAUCACUAGCGCGCAUCCUGCCGCCACCGUGCCUAACGACAAUGAGAUUUGCCGACACCGCAGUUGGUCGUCGUCGUCGCCGUCCGUCGUCGUGGUGUCGUCAGCCACUCAGCAUAGUCACGACAGACAAGCAACGCGGUGUUCGUCGUCUUCAGGCUUUGCCGUUCUCCCGACUAUGAAGUCUGACAUGCUCGAGUAUUCGAAGGAAGCAGAGACUUCGUUGUCGGCACCAGAGAUCUGCUGUUCAUCGAAGAACGAUUCCAGCAGAGACGCCGAAAGAGUUACGAGGGAUCGAAGGAAAUGGUCCAGCAAUGGCGACGUGAGCGCAAGGGGGACAGGCACCCCGACGCCGACGACCGCCUCGGCAACGAACACCGCCAAGAACAACGCUUCCAGUGCGAGACUCAGUCCGGCACAGUUCUUUCACUCUCGACGACUGAGGAACAUCGAACUGACGGCGAAACUUGGGUUAGCGAUGAACGACGCCAGCCCUAGUGCCGCUUCGUCGUCAUCUUCCGGGAAACCUAAGUCUACAACGGAAACCGCCCUAUGGAAAGCCACUGCCAGGGAUGAGGCUCACCGUUCAACGACCAAAACUCCGGCAGAGGCCUUCGACGAACUGGCGAAGUCGUUUGUCGAACGCAUGUCGUUAAAGGAUUCGUCCGAAACAUCGGAGGCACCAGGGACCGAAACCGAACACAAACACGAAGACGAACCGAAAAUCCUUGAGCGAGGACCGGUGUCGGUGCGCACUGGUAGGAACUACUACUCGGUUUCGUACCAGUUGCCGGAGUCAGUGACUCCACCGUCGUGGCAACGCAGACGGCACAUGGUCACCUACCCUCCGACCACAGCCAGCAACCUCCCGUACUCUUACUACAAAGAGUUUCCCUUUCCGCACUUCUACGGUCACCGGUGUAAUUUCUAUCAAAGACCGGCUGGCCAUCAGGCCGACGACAAAUCACCUCGCAUUCCUCAGCUUGUGUCCGUCGCGCCGAUGGCUACAGUACAACGGAGUCCCGUGCCUUCAGCCGAUACCAGACUGUACGCGCAGGGUGUCAUGGAAAACAAUGCCCAAGCUGGAUACGUGCACAACUACCAACCGUGUAGUCGAGAAAAGGUCGGCUUUGGACCCCAACCGACAGUAAAUGCCGCAGACAACAGUGGUCACGUUGAAAAGAAGCCGCCUGCGACAACGAACACCGACAGCGAGCUAGCUUUCAAGGAGGAACUGCCCGAAAUUCUCAGCGACUUCAUCCUCAAGUAUUCAAGACGCUACGCGGCCGAAAGUGACCGUUUCAAAAGUGGUUCAGACGAUCUGCCAGAAAACUUGAUCUACGGGGACGUG